CUCCAGCAUGGCGGCAUCAGCUAAAAAGAAUAAGAAAAAGGGUAAGACCCUUACCCUCACUGACUUCUUAGCAGAGGACAGCGGGGGAAAUGCUCCACCUGCUUAUGGACCUGCAAAGCCCACCAGCUGGGCAGAUGAAACCGAUGACGUGGAGGGAGAUGUUACUACAUCAUGGCACACAGAGGAGGAUCUGUAUCGUGCACCGCCCAUCGAUCGGUCCAUUCUGCCAACGGCUCCACGUGCCGCCCGCGAGCCCAACAUUGACCGCUCCCGCCUACCCCGCAACCCCCCCUACACUGCCUUCUUGGGCAACCUCCCUUAUGACGUCAGUGAAGACUCCAUCAAAAACUUCUUUCGUGGACUGAAUAUCAGUGCAGUUCGCCUACCAAGGGAGCCCAGUAACCCUGAGCGACUGAAAGGCUUUGGCUACGCUGAAUUUGAUGAUGUAGAUUCUCUGUUGCGCGCACUCAGUCUCAAUGAAGAGAACCUUGGAAAUCGUAGGAUCCGUGUAGAUAUUGCAGACCAGUCCAAUGAAAAAGAGAGAGAUGAGCGGUCCAUGUCAGGGAGGGACCGUAAUCGUAGUGAACGAGACAUGGGCCCAGACAAGACUGAUUCUGACUGGCGGGCAAGGCCUAAAGGUGACUCAGAUGAUGGACCAAAAAGAGACGAGGCCUUUGGAGAGCACCGUUACCGUGACGGCCAGCGGUGGGAAACCGAUCGUUAUGACGGAGGAAGAGAGCGAUACCGGGAGCGUUAUGACGAUAGAGACCGCAGAGACUACGACAGAGGCUACGAUUCUCGCAGUGGGGGGCGUAAGCCUUUUGGAAGUGGUUUUCGCCGCGACUACGAUGACCGACGAGAAGACUUUCGUGGCAGCGGAGAUCGCUAUGGUGACCGUGAAGAUAGAUUUGAGAGACGGGAAGAGAAGCGUGAGGACAGAGGUCCCCUUCAGAGGCCCAAGCUGAAUCUGAAGCCCCGCAGUGUUCCUAAAGAAGAAGAGCAGAGCAGCGCUCCAUCAGCCCCGUCAGGACGAGCCGCAUCCAUCUUUGGAGGUGCCAAACCAGUGGACACGGCCGCUAAAGAGAGAGAGGUGGAGGAGAGACUGAAGAAAGAGCAGGAGAGACUGCAGAGGCAACUGGAAGAGGACAAGAACAGAGGACCUGAUCGCAAGCCCAGAGAAAGGCAUCCCAGCUGGCGUAGUGAGGACCAAGCAACCGAGCGCUCACGAACAGGAAGUGAGUCUUCACAAACCGGAAACACAUCAAGCAGGGGGCCGGGAAAGCGUAGGGAAAGUGAACGUUCUGUGGAAAAUGAGGUUUUCAGCCGUGAUGAGGAGCCACCCUGCCAUGGAAGCCAGAUUUCCUCCUCCAAACAGGAGGUUCUGCCACUAAAGGUUGUUCCAGCUCCACCACCUAAGGAGAACGUUUGGGCAAAGAGAAGCACCAUGAGUGUAGGAUCCAGUGAAAGUGACACUAAACCUGCUGUCUCUCCCAGCAGCAGUGCUCCUCCAAAAAGUUCAUCAAGCUCAGCUGAAGUUCCUCAGAGAAGUAAAGAUGAAAACAAAGCAGAUGGGGUGCGCCAGGAUCGGGGUUCCUCACGGGGUCGAGGCGGGGCCUCAGGCUCUGGAGCAGGCAAGGGGCGUGGAGACGCAGCCAGCCGAGACCGAAGGAAGGAGACAGACAGAAUGGAUGCAAGAAGAGAGCGAGAUCUCAGACCAGCACCAGAGCCAAAGAAAUUUGAGGAGCCUUCCGGCCCUAAAUUCAGCUCAGCCAGUAAAUACGCGGCCUUGCUGAUGGAUGGUGCGCAGAGAGACGAGGAGGAUGGCGGAUUCUAAAAGGUGGACGGACUAUGCUGAUGAUGGUUCAAGCGAAUUACAACAUUAAACCUACUGCUUUUAUUUCAUGCAGCUCUAAAGGACCUAAAUCCACCCUCUGAGAGCAAACACACAUUUUAGAGCCACCCUCUUUUACUGGACUGAACCUGAAACCUAGUGGGGAAAUACAAGACUUAUUUUACAGUGAAGGAGAGAGUGUGGAAUAUUGAAUGAAUUAAUUAUAACUAAUAAAUAUAUGGGGUUAAACGAAAUUCACACAUGAUUGCAUUGUCGCUGCUGCUCUUGCGUACAUCAUAAGUUGAGAGUAUUUCUCAUGAACCGUGCACGUUGAAUGGCAGAAAACUUUAGUAUCACUGGGAAAAGUGCCACAAGAUACAUGUUUUCCUUGAACUUUUAGGGCUUCCUAAGCUUUCUGAAAGAACGUUUACAGCAGCUGCUUUGCUGAGAUUUCUGGUAAAAAAAAAAAAAGGGGGUAAUAAAUCUCACUAACAUGAUUUUAUGUCUUAAAUGGCCAACAGGUCUGAUGAUUUGUAUUCAGGGAGAACUGUCGCUGGAUAAUGGCCAACAAACGGAUCUGAACCUGUUAGUUUCAGUUUGAUAUUUCUCUGCACUGCUUUAGGCAAGAGUGUCCCAUUUUCUCACUUUUCGUUGAAGGACUUUUUUUAAAGCCACUCCUUUGGACUGAUGUGCAAUAGCAAUUGAAGUAUUUCUCUGAAUUUCAAUGUUUCAACAACAGAGUUUGCUGCUGCUUUGGGGUGAGCAUAUAUCUGAAGGUAGUGACAUGCCUUGCUUAUUGAUUUAAAGUGUACCAUCUACAAAAACAAUAAAAGACUACACU